GCAGAACUGAAGUUCUGAUGACUUGCGCUCUCGAGAUCUGUUCUAGAAUCGACUGGAACAUUUAAUCUCGACGUGAAUUCCGGAAGCGUUCGCUUUACCGGCUCGAUGAUACUUUGGAGCAAAAACUCAAUGUCCAGCAUUUAUGGGACCGAAUGGCACCUCAGUUGAUACGAGGUGUGUGGAUGCUCUGGGCUUCCAUCCGGAGGAAGAGUUGAGAGUGAUUUGCUCUGUGCAUUGAGUUGAGUGAUGUCCUCUGCCUGGAUUUUGAGAGAGGCGUAGUGUCCAGGGAGAUGGGAAGGGAUUUUGGUGCGCGAGGAAAGAGGUUUUGGUCGCUCAAGAUCGAAUUGCUUUCGUCGACGAGGACCUCGCGGUUUCUGACAAGGUGGGAAUCUGAAGGCUAUGAAACCUGUUUGUGAUUGAUGUUGAUCGGAGGUUGGAAGCAGAAAUUGAGGCCUCCUGCUUUUCCGCCGAUAGUGUAACACACGAGCAAAUCGGGAGUCUGCUUAAGAGCGGAGUGCUGAAUCAAAAUAUCUGGCGAUCAAAUCAAACCAGAAUAGGGCGUUCUCCUCACUGCAGGAGACGCAGAGUACUCAGAAAGUUGGAAGUUUGAGGGUUUUACGAAAGCACGGAGCUGAAGCUGAAGCUGAAUUCGGCCGGGAAAGUCGGUGCUGAGCUUCAAGGGAUUGAUUAAGAUCAGUGCAGUGCAAUUGGCGAAAUGUUUUUUUUCUUCGGAGGGGUGCAGCCGGAGGUGACGAAGAUAUUAGAGUAUAACGCGGCAGUGUGUCCACGAUGCGGACAGGAUGCCAACCUUGUAGAUUACGACCAUGUGUUCAGAGCCUUCUUCAUCCCCGUUUGGCGCUGGGGCGGGAGCAACCCGGCCGUGUCUUGUGGAUCGUGCUCGUUCCUUCUGCCUUUGGAACAAUUCCAGAAGCUCCAUCACCGAGGCUCUAGGGAAACAAGAAGCAAGAUAGCUCAAGAUUUCGGCCCCACGGCUCCACUCCCUCCACUCCCUCGUUGCUGGUCGUGCAGUCGGAUCCUAGAGCCGGAGUUUCGUUUCUGUCCCCAAUGCGGAGCUGGUCAAUGAGCCAGCCCCAUGAAGUCCAACCUGUUCAUAACAGCUUGCGCCAUCUGGAACCACCGAUGCAUGAGCAAUUACCGAAUCGGAUUUCUGGAGAUCAGACGCAUGUAAGAAGAGUUCCUACUGAUUGGCAGUCAGAAGGCCCAUCAGUGGGCCUAUAAAUGCGCAGUCAGUAGCACAGCAAAUCUCUGCACAAUGUGCAGUCGACAGGACCAGACUCAUGUAGUCAAUCUCUAGUCGGGUCUGUUCCGAUCAAUUGAUGGUAGCUCAGCUCAAUACGCUGUUGCAUGGAUAAUCUGCAGCCUAGAAUCGACAUGUCAUGCGUGCAAUCCAUGGGUCUGGAGGGAAUAUAACCAGUUGUCGCCACUAUCGUUUCUCAGAUCCUGGAAGUCCUCGACGGCGUGGUAAUUAUGGGACAUGCCGUACGUCCUUCUCCUGCUAUCAUUGUCAGCUCUUGCGUACAGUCUGCUGCGGAUCUGAACGGCCCCAUUGUAUGAUUCCACUCCGUAAUCGAUUAUUAUUGCCGGUCGACUUCGCCAGCAGUGAAAGCAUUCAAUCAUUCCAUCUCACAUUGUUUUAUGGAGACGUGUUUCUUUCGAGGUGCAGAUAACCUGUUUCUAUGGGCAGCAGUUGUCAAUAAAACAAGUCUCCUGCACCCCUUCUGCAUCGGUCUGAUCAUUACAUACUACUUCAUUACUGUCACAGUC